CGACGCACUGUGACGGAGCGUUUGCAGCAGAGAGAAGCCGCGGAUUUGAUUUUACGCAGCUAACAAGUUAGCACUUUGUAACACUCAACUAGACCGGUUGAUGUAUUUUUUUUCUUUACAGUGAUAAUGUCAUUAUUCUGUUGAUAAGGUCGCCAGCUUUUUAAAAAACAAAAUGAACCUGGAUAGACUUCGAAAGCGAGUUCGGCAGUAUAUAGACCAGCAACAGUAUCAAAGUGCUUUGUUUUGGGCCGAUAAGAUAGCAUCACUUUCCCACGAGGAUCCCCAGGAUAUAUACUGGCUUGCUCAGUGCCUUUACCUGACUUCACAGUAUCACAGGGCCUCCCAUGCUCUCCGUUCAAGAAAACUCGACAAGCUUUAUGGAGCUUGUCAAUACCUUGCUGCUAGAUGUCAUUACGCUGCCAAAGAGUUUCAACAGGCCUUGGAUAUUUUGGACUCAGAAGAGCCUGUUACUAAAAAGCUGCUGGCUGAAAGUAUAAAAGAUGAUAGUGGGGCAAUGGAGUCUAAAGACUGGGACAUGUCCCCAGCUUCUAUCAGCAGCUCCAUCUGCCUUUUGCGGGGUAAGAUCUAUGACGCCAUGGACAACAGACCACUUGCCACCUCCAGCUACAAAGAGGCCUUAAAACUAGACGUGUACUGCUUUGAAGCCUUUGACCUUUUAACAUCCCACCACAUGUUGACUGCACAGGAAGAAAAAGACUUCCUCGACUCACUUCCUCUGAGUGAACAGUGCACCGAGGAAGAGGAGGAGCUGUUGCACUUCCUUUAUGAGAAUAAGUUGAAGAAGUACAACAAACCCAGUGACCUAAUGGUACCAGAGAUGGUCAAUGGUCUACAAGAGAACCUGGACGUAGUCGUGUCUCUUGCUGAGAGACAUUAUUAUAACUGUGAUUUCAAGAUGUGUUACAAACUUACAUCCAUGGUAAUGGUCAAAGAUCCAUUCCAUGCCAUCUGUUUACCAGUCCACAUAGGAACUCUGGUGGAGCUUGGUAAAGCAAAUGAGUUGUUUUACCUCUCACAUAAACUUGUAGACUUGUAUCCCAACAAUCCAGUGUCCUGGUUUGCUGUUGGGUGCUACUAUCUCAUGGUUGGCCAGAAGAACGAACAUGCUCGACGAUACCUCAGCAAAGCCACCACGUUAGAGAGAACUUAUGGACCUGCAUGGAUCGCCUAUGGUCAUUCAUUUGCUGUGGAGAGUGAGCAUGACCAAGCCAUGGCUGCCUACUUCACUGCUGCUCAGCUGAUGAAAGGGUGCCAUUUACCCAUGCUUUACAUUGGCCUGGAAUAUGGUCUGACUAACAACUCCAAGUUGGCAGAACGUUUCUUCAGCCAAGCUCUCAGUAUUGCUCCAGAAGACCCAUUUGUCAUUCAUGAGGUGGCAGUGGUUGCAUUUCAAAAUGGAGACUGGAAAACAGCAGAGAGGCUUUUUCUUGAUGCAAUGGAGAAAAUCAAAGCCAUUGGAAAUGAGGUGACUGUGGACAAGUGGGAGCCGCUGCUAAACAACUUGGGUCAUGUGUGCCGAAAGUUAAAAAAGUACAAUCAGGCUUUGGAGUACCAUCGUCAAGCACUUGUCUUAAUCCCUCAGCAUGCGUCCACGUACUCUUCCAUAGGAUAUGUACACAGCCUCAUGGGUGACUUUGAGAGCGCUAUCGACUACUUUCAUACGGCACUAGGACUGAAAAGGGACGACACGUUUUCUGUCACAAUGCUUGGUCACUGUAUAGAAAUGUACAUUGGUGACACAGAUGCAUAUAUAGGCACUGACAUCAAUGAUAAAGUGCGGGGCAACUUAAACACUCCAGCACUGAUGAAGAUGCUGAACACAUCAGAGCCCGGUGACCUAGCCACACCCAGACUGGAAGACGCCAGCAUCACAUCUUUGGAAACACCACUGUCAAAUCAGGACAAAAUGAUGCUGGAGACGCCUCUCCGUUUGUCCCUUACCCUGGAAUGUGACAUGUAUGAGAGUGAUGUCAUGUUAGAAACCCUGUCAGACACCAGUACGUGAUGUCAUCCCGUCUGGAGAUUGGAACUGUAGUUGAACAGGACGUUGUCAUCCAUCAAGCCCAAGGACAACAUUUAGACCUAAAAUGAUGGAACAUGGGCUCUGUCAGAGUUUGGAUUCCCCUUCCCGUGCGUGUGGUUGUCUCUUGUCUGAAAAUCAUAAAACAAGAAAAAGUGACUUGUGAAUUCUCACUACAGCAAGGCCGUGAUUCCUGUUUGCGUUAAAAUGCACACUGGGAUUUAAAUGUGCUCUGGUUAACAAGGUUGUGUUCAGUUUAGAAUUGGGUCUUGAUUAAAGCUAGCAGACUAUAGGAAGAUGUGAUCUAACCUUUGACACUUGAACUAAGCGUAAAGUCCACACAUUAAAGACUGUAGUCACUUAGUGCUGCACAUGGCAGGACUCACCACACUGCUUAACCUGUGGAUUUUAACAAUGAGCCAGCUACACACAAGCAGUUUGGUAUAUAUACAACUCUUGGUAAUUUCUACAAUAAACCCCACAUUAUCUUAAAA